AUGUAUCUAUCUAUCUAUCCAUGUUCAUAUCUAUGUAUCUAUCUAUCUAUCUAUCUAUCUAUCUAUCUAUCUAUCUAUCUAUCUCAGUCUGUCCAUGUCUUUAUUCAUAUCUAUCUAUCCCAGUCUUUUCCUUAUAUUUUGAUCAAUCUUUUCAUUUCAUCUAUCUAUCUAUCUAUCUAUCUAUCUAUCUAUCUAUCUAUCUAUCUAUCUAUGUCUUUCUCUCUUUCUCUCUCUAUCUUUCUCUCUCUCUCUAUAUAUAUAUAUAUAUAUAUAUAUAUAUAUAUAUAUAUAUAUAUAUUUCAUUAUAUUUUUCAUUUUUAUCUAUCUAUCUAUCUAUCUAUCUAUCUAUCUAUCUAUCUCUAUUCAUGUCUAUAUUUUCCUCUCUCUUUCUUUCUUUCUCUCUUUCUCUCUCUAUGGCUCUUCUUUCUGGGUGAGGCUAAGAAGGUUUUGAACGACCCUCGUAUCUAUCUAUCUAUCUAUCUAUCUAUCUAUCUAUCUAUCUAUCGUCUUCUCAUAUCUAUCUAUCUAUCUAUCUAUCUAUCUAUCUAUCUAUCUAUGUAUCGUUCUCUCAUUAUCUAUCUAUCUAUCUAUCUAUCUCUAUGGCUCUUCUUUCUGGGUGAGGCUAAGAAGGUUUUGAACGACCCUCGUAUCUAUCUAUCUAUCUAUCUAUCUAUCUAUCUAUCUAUCUAUCGUCUUCUCAUAUCUAUCUAUCUAUCUAUCUAUCUAUGUAUCGUUCUCUCAUUAUCAUCUAUCUAUCUAUCUAUCUAUCUUUUGAUUAGAAAAGGUUUUGAACGACCCUCGUAUCUAUCUAUCUAUCUAUCUAUCUAUCUAUCUAUCUAUCGUCUUCUCAUAUCUAUCUAUCUAUCUAUCUAUCUAUCUAUCUAUCUAUCUAUCUAUCUAUCUAUAGUUCUCUCAUUAUCUAUCUAUCUAUCUAUCUAUCUAUCUAUCUAUCUAUCUAUCUCUAUGGCUUUUUUUCUGGGUGAGGCUAAGAACUAUCUCGUAUCUAUCUAUCUAUCUAUCUAUCUAUCUAUCUGUUAG